UUAAUACUUCGAGUAAGAAUUUCGACUAGCAAUUGAAUAAACUAUGAAAAGUUAAAAUUCGAGCGAAGCGCCAUUUGAUAGGUGGUGGGGAUAGAAGGGAGGUGUGGUAAUGGUGAGGAGUCUCGUCCAACCACGAGAGGAGCUAGUAGCGCUUGCUUCGCAGUAUGAGGCGGCGUGGGGCUAGGGACGAUGCAUGGGCUGCGACUAGGAGGCACUUGGGAGGCAGGGAGGGCAUGCGAGCGGAGCACAGUUCAGUAGUCGCCAUUGCAAGUCCCCCCGUGCUCUCGUAUUCGUGACACUCGUACGCGUGGAGCCGAUUUUCCGCUAACCUAAUCUCCCCGCGAGGGCCCUAAGUGUGCCCCCCCGAUGCAGAGAUAUUGCACCGAGCUCACCGAAAGAUUGUUGAAAUCUCUUGACAAGGAAUACAAUGUAAGUAGCGGAAUGAAUCCGCGAUGCGCCAUCCGUCCGCUCACGCAAACGGCUAUCGGGCCACUCUCGAUCCCCCGUGCGCCGUGCGCCGUGUGCCUGUACCAGUGGCGUGCGCGAGAGUCACUAAGAAUGUAGUGUAGCGGCGGCUCCGCGUGUGAGUGAGUAAUAUGUUCCUGUGUGUACGUACGCUGCCAGGCGGCGAAUCUUGUCUAUGCACGAAUGUGUGUACGUCGAACGUAAACGCGUUUGUCGACUACCUAGAGCAUAACCUUAAUAUUGCAACGAAUUGUACAACAUCGAGAAGAGAUCUUGAAACACCACUCUUCUUUUUCUCUCCUUUUCUUUCUAGAUUUUCCUCGAGGUUUUAUUUCGUUACACGAAUGUCUUCGGAAAUAAGAUUGCAUUCAAUUGUAUCAAAAUUUUUUCGUGAAAAUAUUUUGUACCUUUGGCCCGAUCGCCGUUUCGAUGUUCGAAAUUAAUAUCUUUCAAUAAAAAUUGUUAACAUCAGUAUGAGUCAGAUGUACCGUUUGUCCCAUAUUUAAAAGAUACCCACGGACACGUGUUGACUAUUGCAUUUUGCAUGUAAAAAUCGAAUGUAAUUGUACUAUUAUCAACAGUUUAUCUUGCCAAUUAAAGCAAUAUGAUCUUACUUAUUAAUACAAUAUAAAUCUUAAAAUUAAAUCAAUAUGGUCCUAUCAAUAGUAACAAUAGCAUUUUUAAAUAAUAUAAUUUAAUCUCUUAUUUUAAAAGUAAUACUCUUAAAACGAUUAAAAUAAAAAACUAUGUAUUAUUGUAAAAAUACAAAUACUUAACAUUACAUAUCACUGUUAGACAAGUGAUAACUGAUCUUAAAGAAUGAUGCAGUCUAGGCACUGAUAAAUAAUGUAGAAAUUAAUUUGCCAAAGUCUGAAAACUUUAUAUCCAUCAAUGUGAUAGGAAUUUUAAAUAUUAAAUUGGAUGCUUUUUUAUCAUUGUGUUCAACUCUAUAAAAAUAUUUUAAGUAAUAAUAAAAUAAUAAAAUUAUAAUUGUACAAUAGAUAAGAAUAUGUAAAAAAAAUAAAUACAAAAUUUGUCUUAAAUAAAAACAUGGUUAAUUAUAUAUUUGUUAUUCUUAAUAAUAGUCAUAAAACAAUUAACACAUAACAAUAAAUACCAUAUAAUAAUUUCUUAUGAAUUUUAGUAGAAAAGUAUAAUAUAACAAGAUAUAUGAUUUAUUUAUGAAGUUUUUAAAUAUUACAUACAUCGGUAUAAUUAAAAGAUAUAUAAGAAUUACAAUACUUUACAAAACUAUCUUAAACCUUAUAUGAAAUCAGUAAAAUAGUUAUGAAACAUCAUUUCACCAAAGAAGUAUUAUAAUUUAAGACAACUAUUACCCUGUAGAAAGAUAAAGUCAUCGAUAUGGGAGCUGUUGUGGAUGUCAUUACGGCCCUGGAAAAGACGACGAUCACUAAGGAAUUGCUUGAGAUUACAAGGCUUGGAAAACACAUUAAUGAACUUCGACGCAAGACAAGUAAUGAUGCCUUGGCUAAGCGUGCAAAAGAUUUGGUACGGCGCUGGCGAGAUAUGGUUUUACCAUCUGCUCACUCUACCCCACAACCUACCCCAGCUGAUACAGCACCACCUGCUCUCAAUGGAGCCAAACCACAUAGUCCUGCAUUAAGAUGCUUUAAACCACAAAGUCCAGCACUAAGAGGUUUAAAACCUCAAAGUCCAUUAUUGAGGGAUACCACUGCUCUCAGAGUGCUUAGCCCAGCUCUAUCUGUGCAUAGUGAUAAUUCACAUUCUCCUAAUGCAUCAUCAAAUAAGCAGUCAAUUACUGUGACCAGUAACCACAAAACAAGUUCCGAUGUGACAUCUAUGCUUGGUUCAUCGAGCCAAAAUCAUACGACAGAAGCAGUGCCACGAACUCACAGUUCAAAUAAACGCCUUCGAAAAGAUGAUUUUAAUGACCAACAUAAUUGUCAACACCUUGAUUCAGACUUAAUUACCGAAAGUGAACCCUUUGUUAAAAAGCAACGUCUCAAUGGCGAAAACAUAAGUGGUAAUUUAAAUUUGCAAGUGCCUAGCCCCACAUUUAAAGAACGAAUCUCUGAUCAUUUUGUGGAGUCUUCCACUGAUCCUGACGAUUCAGGUCCAAAGAAGCGUGGUAGAAAAAAAGGCAGUAAAUCCACGAAGAAGCAACCGAUUUUAGAAGAUCGCGUGAAAGAAAAACUAGCUAGUAUCUCAAGAAAUCCUAAAUUAAAAACAACUCAAGAACUGCUGGCUGAUUUGCGGGCACGCGGCACCAAUUCUAGCAUUAAUUCAAGUGCUCUACCUAGUCAAAAUGUAGAAUCACCCAGCGUGGACGAUAUUCUGAGAAAUAGCAAUGAACAAGUAUCCAAGUUCCUUCGUUGUACUCAGAACAACUCGUCCCAUAGGAAUACAGUUUCUGUAACCUCGUCGGAUAAUCGGUUAAAACCUUCAGAAAACUGUCAUGAUGUACCAUCUAAGUGUCAGGAAUCAGGUGUAGUGUACAAAGAAAAAUCAGUUACAAAUUUUCCAAAAACUCCUCAAUCGCAGGUGUCUCAAGAUUUAACAGUUGAAGAAAUACUGGCCAAGUUACCACCUCUAGAUCCAAGUUCGAUCGAUUGGGGUGAAAGUGAAACCGAACCAACCGAAGAUCAAAACAAUAUCGAGUACCCGCCUAGACAAAUUACAACUGAAGACAUAGAAAGGUUACACACGCAGUAUGUAGAAGGACUGAAUGGAAACUUCCAACCAAAACUAUCAUCUUUAACUUCUACUUUAAAUGAGAAGUCGGAAGAAAAGGAGGGAAUGUCAGAGAUUAAUGGUGUAAACAAUGUGUAUAGCCAACCUGACGAAGAGUUUCGAGAAUGGCAUCAGAUGCUAUCAAGGCCCAGUUACAGUGGCCAAAUCCUUCACAUAUUGCCUUAUGUUAUUAUUGAUUAGUAAUUUUAUUAUCUUAUUCUAUUAUUAUUCCCAAACUUGUGAAGAAUCCCUGCAAAAUAUUUAAGAGAUCGAUCGAUGAUCACUCUAUUAAACCAAUUUUGUAUUGCAAUUUACGAUUGCUCUUUAUUUCUAUACAUGUUCGUAUUACUACCACCCUCUAUCAUCUGUAUAAUUUCUAUUAUUAUUCAAAUUGAAACUGUCAUUUUUUAGCACCGAAAUUAAUCAUGCCACGCAAACGUAAAUGAUCGUCAUUACUUUUAUUAUUAUUGUUAUUGUUGUUACAACUAUUAUUAUUAUUAUUAUUAUUACACUACUAUCAUCAUUAACUUUAUCGUCAUUAUUCAUCAUUACUCAUCAUCAUCAUGACACAAAGCAUCUGUCGUACAGAACGGGUCUGCAAACAAAAAAUAUCUGGAAAAAUGGAAAACAUAGAGAACAUCUGUUAUAAAGUGUAGCAUCAUUAUAUGUGACAGAGUAGGUCUGUAUUCAAAUCCUGAAGGUACUCUCUAAAUGCUUCUCUUUUGUUGCGUAUAUUAUAUUAGUAUGUACCACCAUCACUGUUAUUGUCAUUAACAUCAUUAACAUUAUUGCUACAUUAUAGUUAUUAAAAAGCAAAUCAAUUCUGAAUGGUUGCGCAAAAUUGAAACAUCAUUAAAAUAUUGCAGGUGAAAUUAAAUCAAACCACAUGUAAAUUAGUCUUUCUUUCCUAAAGUUUUUAUAAUUACUUGAAUUAAAGAACAGACACGUAAAAGUUAAACAAUUUUGUUUAAAAACUCACUGGAUCAUUUCUAUUAGACGAUAUAACAUAAUUUAUUAUUUUCUAUAAAUUAUGUAAAUCAAUCCAUUCUUUUGCUAAAAAAAAGGAGGCACAAAAAUAAAAUAGUGCACUUUGUGGCCUAUGCAUAAAAAGAGUAGUUAUCUUAUUUGCUAUACAAUACUGUUUGGUUGAUCAAAUCAGAUAUUAUUUUAAGAUACACUCUUGCAAAAUGAUGUUAGCCAAAAUAUAAGAUAUAAUUACAAUAAAAAGUUGUACCACGCAAAGAAAAAACAGUAUAAUAUUUAAAAUGCUUAUUGACAUCAUAUUUUGUUUAUGACUUUGAAAUAAGUGAUGACUUAGAAACCAUCACUCGAACAUGAUAUGAAAACUAAUUAUUUGUGUGUGGUAAAAGUAGUUGAACCGAAUGUAACGGGGGCCUUAAUUAAAAUUUAAAAAGCAAAAAAUUAUUUGUCCCAUAAAGUACUAUGUUGCAUAUACAUACAGAAAUGGAAAAUGUUGCACAUACAAUCAAGGAAACUUAGUUUCAGUGUAUUCAACAUUUUUUUUUUCGGUUUUAUUUUAUUUGUUAUGGAUGUAAUAUAAAAGAAUUAAAAUUAUACCAAAAAUUCUCUUUUAACAAAAUAGUAGUAAAACAAUCACGAUUAUAUUGAUGAAAAAGAGAUGCAUUAUGUGCAAUGUCCAAUAUUCCAAAUAUUUCAGUACUAUGUAAUUUUUUUAACAAGGAGAUUUUAUGAUUUCAAACUGUAAAUAUAUCAUUCGAAAUCGUGAACACUGGAACCAAAAUGUAUUAACAUUUUUUGUAAUAACCAAAUAACGUUAUGUUAUGUAAAAAGAAGAAAAAGAAAUGUACAUAUUAUGCAACUAUACCGUGUAUAAUGAAAGCUUUGUGAAACGUAAAUUAGAAAAGAAAAUCUCUCAUUUUACAUGUGUUCAUUUUUUAAUAAUAACAAUUACCUUAUGUUUGAUUUCACUUAAUCAUUUUACACACAUUUGAGCUCUAUACCGAGCUUCUACUAAUAAAUUAUUUAAAGAAAUGCAGAUCAAACAUAAAAACUGCGUUCUCAUUUUCAAUUAAGCAUUGUAAUAAUGAGUAAAAAUAGUGAGAUGUUCCCACAAUAGUGUACAUAUAAUACAUACACAUUUUUAUAGUUUCAUGUGUUAAUUAUCCAUUUAUAUUGAUUAAAAAAACUCUAUUUUACAAAGUAUAUCAUAUGUAUUUUGUUUAUACAGGCAUUUAUGUACCUUUGUAUUUAAUAUUAAAAAUUCAAGUUAAUAUAAUUGAAUACUAUAAUACACUCAGUUCAUACACUUAAUUUUUAAUAAUUUUACAAACAGAUUCAUAAGUACAUUUUAUUUAAUUUUGACUAUUUAUUUGUAAAUUAUAUUUAAAAAAAACAUAUCUACUAAAUGAAUAAUUAAAAAUUUGUGAAACUUUUAUUUUAAUUUGGUAUUAAUUAGAAUUUAUGUUUGAAUAUAAAAUACUGCGUGAAAUGCUCAAGAUACUUUCUAAAAUUAUUGUUGAACAAGAGUUAAAUUAGUAUCUACCUUGGUACCAUUACGAUAAACGUAAUAUGUUGAUUACAAUUUAAUUUCAAAGCAAUCGGUUAUACCUUUGAUCUAAGGAACCACAGAAUUUAGUUGCUUAAUAAUUUCAUAUAAUCUGAGAAGAAAAUAAAAAUUACAAUAUAUUGUUUACGAUUUGAAAUGAGAAAAUUUUAUUCAUCUAGAAAAAGUAUUGCAACAAAAUACAGCAAAGCUAUCAGUUACAUACAUAUAUUGCUGUAAAUUCUGAAGCAAGAUUGUGCCUUUUGAACUUCUGGAAUUCUAUUGUAAUUCUACUGUUGAACAACAGUACAUAAAUUACAACCAAUUAAAACAAAAGACAGUUAACAUAGUAAAAUGAUAAAAAAUAAAAGAAUGCAAUUUCACUAAGGAAUUACUUUUAUUUUAAAUUAAAUGAAAAAAAUGUUUAUAUUUAAUGUCCAUCGACAAUGAUAUUAAGAGAGUUCGGUAAUAAACCAAAUUUCAAUUAUCAUUAUAUAUUAAUAAUUCAUUCCCAUUGUCAAUAUGUCAUUUUAAUUAAAUUCUGAUACAAAUUUAUGUUUAACAUUGUACAAUUUUAACAUGUACAUUCAGUACGUCAUUUGCAUUAUAUUUUUAUAAUUUGCAUAAUAAAUUUUUUAAUAUA